ACAGCACAAAGCUCGUGUUCUCUUACGUACACCAGAAAUUUAAAUUUUUAACGUGGUCAACCGUUGCCGAAAUCACAACGUCUACUCUUUCGCACCGGCGAUUCACAUGAAAAGAGAAAGCUGACAUGAAGCCAUGGAGAAUACCUCGAAUAAGAGCAAACGAAGCCCAGAGGAGUUUUUUACGAGGUUUUUCGAAGCCGAAGAUUGCGCGCAAAUAUUACAUUCAUUUAAACGUUUAGUGAAUCUACUAGGGAUCAAAUCCGAAAACUCGAGAGAAUUUUACCAAAGUUUAAAAGGUAAACUCCAAACAUGGAAGUGCAAAAGUUUAUGGGAACUCUUGGAUAACCGUGCAAACCACAAGGACUACGAUAGGGGGACAACAUGCGAGCAUUUACAAGUUCUUGUGAUCGGUGCGGGUCCCAUAGGGCUUCGGACUGCGAUAGAAAUGGCUUUGCUCGGAGCACAAGUGGUUGUUGUUGAAAAGAGAACAAGUUUUGCAAGGAAUAAUGUUCUUCAUUUGUGGCCAUUUCUCAUUGAUGAUUUUCGGUCUCUUGGAGCGAAGAGAUUUUACGGAAAGUUUUGCUCCGGGGCUAUCAACCACAUAAGUAUUCGUCGCUUGCAGUCCAUUCUUCUCAAGACCGCGCUCAUCUUCGGCGUCAAGGUGUUCACCGGCGUCACCUUCAAUGAAGUCGUGGAACCAGCCAGUGAGGAUGAAGGAUGGAAGUGUCACGUGACACCGGAAAAUCAUCCAAUCAAUGAGUACGAGAUCGAUGUUGUGAUUGGUGCAGACGGCAAGAAGAAUGUUCUGCCGGGAUUCGCCCAGAUCGAGAUGAGAGGUUCUCUCGCCAUCGGGAUCACCGUCAACUUCGUCAACCACUAUACUGAGCCCGAGGUUAACGUAGAAGAGAUCAGCGGCAUCGCGUACCAGUUCAACCCCGCGUUUUUCGACAAGCUGUACCAGCAGAAAGGAAUCAAGCUCGAGAAUAUCGUGUAUUACAAGGAUGAGACGCAUUACUUUGUCAUGACAUCCGCUAAGGCGAGUCUGCUUGAGAGGGGUGUUCUGAAAAAGGAUUACGUCAAAGACUCGGCGCAGCUGCUUGCUGAUGGUAACGUGAACCAGGACGAGCUAAUGCGAUACGUGAUCGACACCGUGCACUAUGCCACGAGGGGACAGCUGGACACCUUCGAGUUCAAGAUCACGGACAGGGGUCAACCGGAUGUUGCAGUGUUCGAUUUCACGUCAAUCAAGAAGGCCGAAAACAGCGCGCGCAUACGAGAGAGGAAGGGAAGCAAGCUGCUGAUAGGGCUCGUGGGCGACAGCUUACUCGAGCCGUUUUGGCCGACUGGUUCUGGUUGCGCCCGCGGUGUUCUGAGUGCCCUGGACGCGGCAUGGAUGGUGCGCUCAUUCGCCCAGGACAAACCCCCUCUGCAAAUCCUCAGUGAGCGGGAAAACAUCUACCGUCUGUUGAGCGGGACUAGUAACGAGAAUUUACACAAGAACCAUGCAGCCUACUCCAUUAACCCCUGCACGCGAUACAAGACCGUCCCGCAUCGCAAGCUUGAUGAGGUAUACCAUCUGUACGAUACGGAUGACCCCGUCAACGCUGACUACAGUCUAGGCAGUCCGCUUAGUUACCUCGGGGGAUCCAAGAAGCGGACUAUCAGCACCGGAGCAAAGCCUACUAUGGGGAAGAAUAAGAAUCGCUUGAAAGUUGGAGCACAACUAAGCGUGGAGAAAUACAGUGCCAAUCCAUCUCCUUGCUCAAGCAUAGAAGACGUUUCCUCGCCGAGAAUGACGGGAAGAAAGACACCUUUGAAUGACUUCACAUCCGGCGGGGAAGAUGCCUCGGAAUAUUCAGGAAAACGUUGUAAAAAGAAGGGAAAAAAGGUUAAAAAGGCAGAUGCUUCGGUCUCAAGUCCAGAGGAGGUGUCGGGAGGAAAGACGAGCGGUAAAAAGGGAAAGAAAUCGGGUAAAAAGUCGAAAGUGUUCCGCGUGAUUUCGAGUCCAGUUCCUGACCAAGUUGUGCCAGUGGAGGAAAAACAUUCUCGUAAAAGAAGUUUUUUCGGGUUUGGGCGAAGCAGGAAAGCGAAACUAAGUCGCGCGACCAAUGUUGAAGCUAUAGCUUCUCUCGAAAAUGUCGAGGAAAAUGUUAAACCAACGCAAGGAGCCCUUGUGGAAGGCUCAAGUAGGAAAGCAAGUAUCACAGAGAGGAAAGGUAGUGUUGAAGGCAGGCCUUUCCAGAGGGGAGAUCCCAAUCGUAGAUCAGCUCGGGAAAUCAUCGCAGAGAUGGAAGCGCGCACAGCGAAAAAUAGCGAGGUAGCCCAACUACCCAAGGACCGUAAACGCCCUAUGCGUAGAUCAGUGACAACUGGGAAUUUGAAGGGCUCGCUGGAGGCUUUUAAUCAGGAGAGGGAAGCAAAAGGGGUCUUGAAGAGAGCGACGAGUGAUGUGGACAUCAGAACGCCACCACCCAAGCAAGGCAAGCAAGUGAACGUCUGGGACGAUAUCAAGAGCCUUUCUCCUAAGCGGUCCGAGAGCGCGGUACCAGUGCUCUCUCAGAUGAGUCCAGGCAGAAAUGACGACGGGACGUCACAUAGAGACGUGUCCUCCGGGGUGCGCAUGGCAGCGAUGCUAGCUAUGGCCACGCCGCUGUUAAUGGAUGAUUGCAGGCUCAAUGGAGACAGAGGACUGUCGAAACUGUCCACCGGUGCUCGCGGACUCGUGCGGAACGCCGUCAACAAGUUCAACAGCCUAAACACGCCAAAGCCAAAAAACAGGGAUCCCGUCCAUCCUCGCACGCUCGAUAUGGGAGAAUUGGCCAUUGAUCAGACCGAUGACAAAAAGGAUAGCAAUAUGCUUGAAACCCAAAAUCCACAGAGUGCUGACCAAUACAAAGAUUUUAGUGGAAAGGACCAAGUAAAGACUCUUAGGAAACCACCUUCUCCCGUAAUUGACUGGGGACCAACUGCGAUUGCCCACGUAGAGGGGAAAACCCCGCCGAAAUUGUGUGAUGUAGCCAAUAAGCAUCGCGCUAAGAUGACAAGACAGGUGUCUCUAGAAAUGUGUGAAAAGAUGCUGGCAUUGAGUCGGGGAUUUUCCUACCUUGACGAGGAAAGCACAGAUAGCCCAGAUCCUAAAUCCCUCAACCCAAAGAUCUACCAAAAGACUUUUAUAUCGGCUCUGGAGGACAAUAAAGAAAACAACUCGAAGGCCACGGAAUCCAACAGAGAUGAAACGAGCAUCGUACAAAAAACGCCGAAGAAAGGUCGGGCAGCUCCGAGCUUCAGUUCACCAGAGAUUUAUAGGAUGGAGAAACUGCUGGAAAGCCUUACCGAAACCCUGGCCAAGGACCGUGCGCGCGCAUCCCUCAGGUUCCUGGUUGAUGUAUUUAGACUUAUCCACAAAAAUCCCAAAGACGAUAAGUUUCGUCGUAUUUACAAGAGUCGCGUCAAGUUUAAGAAGUUCGUGUGGACUGUAAGGAACGCCAAGCUGUUCAUGACCGCGAGUGGAUGGGUGGAGGUUGGGAGCUUUCUCGUUUUUCCCCUGACCAAAAGUACCGAGGAGCCGAUUAUCAUCCUGACCAAAUACCUCGAGUCUUUGGCUGGCAGUCCUUCUCUUGUCAAACCCCUACCAGACCGAGGUCUGAGAUUCAGCAAUGCUACUCCAAAAAGCAAGGAUCCAACGACCACAAAACGAGCUUUCUCCGUCCCAUCAAAGAGCAUAAGCAAACUUAACAUACCAAAGCAAUCGCUGGAGACGUCACAAACUACGGCCAACACACCUAGCGACGGACUGAAUCGAUUUUUCUCGACGCCGAGAUCGUCUAAACUUGAUGAGGAAAUCACCAACGAAGUCAAAUGGGAUGUCGAGAUGGAAGACCCGCUCAGGGACAUUUCGAACUCAAAGCUCGAGAAUGGCCGGCUAGGUGCGACAUCUUCCGAUAUGUCGGAUGUUAGCUUUCUGAAGAAGUUGCAAUGGACCCCGAUAAGUAAGGGAGUGACCCCAAAAGGGCCGAUAUCACCCGACCCUGCCAUUAUGGAGGAAAUCGACGGCUUGUCGAACACCUUGGAUGAUCUCAUUUUGUCACUAAAUGAUGUAGACACAGCAGAACCCGUCGAAAACGUCGAUAUCGACCAGGCCGACGCCGAUUGCAAGGCACUGUACUCGACUCUCGAUUACUUGCUCAACAGUGAAGACGAAGAUGAAAUCGCUUGCGAAGCGCCCUAUACAAAACCACGAAGCACAUCUUUGGUAGAUAACUUAAGUUGCGAUGAGCUGCGCCCAAAAAGUGCGUUUAUUAGAGUCUCCAGUCUCAAGUCCUGUAAAGAGAUCGAGGACUUACGCUCUAAGAUGGGGAAUAAGAAAUCAGUCGUGCCUGCCAUGGACAGAAUGCGAGCAAGAGAAGGUGAUAUUUGUAGACCGAAUGUGUUAUCAGCUAGACGUCAAGUAAAAGAGAAGGGAGUGCAUGACGUCACAAACGACACACGUAGUAACACAAAGGCGUCCACUCAGACAACGCAUGAAACAAAACCCAAAGCUGUCAACAGAAACAUCCAGAAGAUAACUACCCCUGUAAAAAAAGAGAAAAGACAACGACGCGAAAUUAAGUCAUCUGUUACUACCUCGAAACCCGUACCUGUCUGUGAAAAUACAAAAACACCCACUACGAAAAUGACUUCAUCAUUACUUCUGGCGUCAUCACACACUUCAGCGUCAUCGCCUGUAGAAAAAUUGUUAAAGAAGAAAAUGAAGUCGUCACCUUCUGCGACGUCAUCACCUGGUGCGUUAUCACCCGUGGAAAGGCUGGUUGAAAGGAUGACGCCAACACUGAUGUCAUCGUCUACCUCACCUGUUAAAACAAAAUCACCUAACGUCACAGUAUCGACAAAGCCAGCGUCUUCAAGUGGUCAAAAAGAGAAGGUAGCAGUGGCAGUUAGAAAAAAUAGCACAUCUAGGAAACUCCCAGCACUGCCUCAAGGAUCGAAACUUGGGCCCACUUCGGAUAAAGUUGAUAAAGAGAGAAUGAAAUCUGAAAUGUUGAACAAGGAAAUUUUAAAUGCUGCAGGAAAAUUGGAAACGGACGUUAAAUUAGUAAAGAAAAAUAGUGUAACCAGAGACGGGAGUCAAAGCAAUCUACCACCUUCUGGACGUGAAUCGCAGAGACUAAAAGCACGCUCUAAGAAAGCUGAUGAUAUUGCUGCAAAACUAGAAGGGUUGGAAUCGGGCUUUGAAUCUUUAUGUAAUUCACCUCUAUCGAAAGCAGAGAGUGAACGAUCUGAGUCACAAGCGUCUGGUCGGACAUCUGUAUCGAGUAGCGUUAAUAUUCGAUCACAGUCGAGAACCUCUGGUCGGGAGUCCGUCUCGAGUGUCGGAGAUGGUCGAUCAGUUUCAAGAACGUCCAGUCGAGUGUCGAGAAUCUCAACAACGAGAGCAAAGGACGACAGUGUAAGUGCAGGAUCGAGGACAUCGUCGCUCUCGUCGUUAUCGAGUGUCACAAGUAGUCACCCGGAAUAUAAGGGAUCUACAAAGUUAAAUACAUCUAAACCGAAAACCAGUGGGCGAAAGUCGACGAAUCAGCCAGGAGCUAAAAUCAAGGGAAACUUGUCCAAAACGGAAUCGGAUGUCGAGAGAAAAACAUCGAGUUCAUCCGAAGGUUAUGUCGGCAGUAAUGCUUCAGAGGCGUCGAGACAGACCCAGCAAAAGUCGUCCAUGUUACGUCGACAGAACUCGAUAAGGAGUCGUGAGCAGAGAGAGGAUAAGGAACGUAAGACUGUCGGCAGAAAAGGACUAACCUCUAGUGUGAGCUUCAAUACGCGCAGCAAAACAAACGCGAGAAAUGUGGGGAUGGUUGGGACUGAAAUACGGACAGAUGAGCCCUCAGCGAGGAAGCUUAAAGACAUUGCAGCGGAAGCGAAAAAGAAUCAAGUAAUGGUUGAUAAUGUAACGGAAAGAAGAAAACCUAAAAAGGGAAGCGGCACUAGAGGCGAUAACCCUCAAUCUUUUGAGAAUGCAAUGACGUCAUUGUAUGACAGCUUUGAUAGGAUCACUGUGGUUGAUAGAUGGAGUGCGAUGGGUUCGAGUAGUGAUGAUCUUCAGUCUGCGCAUGACCCUAUGGGAAUGUUGCCUGAUCAUAAAGAUUACGUUACUACUAAUAUGGGAACUAACAGCAGAUCGAAGGUCGACUCGGGUGUGACGGAUUGCGAGAGCGAACACGGUAUUGCAUCCGAGAUGGAUAGAAAUUUAGCUUGUGACGACGUGUUCGAGGAUGCCGCAAAUGAAACGCUUGAUCAAGUGGGUGGAACACUCGAUCAUACUGCUGAUAUUCCUAAUGGGACACAUGAUCAAGAUACGCCAUUAGGUCGAGACUCACUAAAUCGAAUGGAUGGGACAAAAAAGCAGGGAACACCAAACCAUCGCUACAACAAUCGAAUGCUUGGUCAUGAUAUGAAUAGUGUUACCGACGAAGCACAGAAUGCAAAUACAUAUGAAAUCGAUCAGGAAAACGAUAGGACUGAGACUAUUCCGGUUUCUAAUGGAAACGCACGAAAUCGUACAUAUCCCAUUCCUUCACUCGAGGAACGAAAAAGUGCCAUUCUUGACGCUGCUAAAGAAUCAACCAACAAAAUAUCAAAAUCAGUUGAUGAUCGACGCAGCAUUGAUCGUAUUAAAAGCCGUAGCGUCGAGAAUCUAGUGUAUGUAAAAGCAAAGAAAUUAGAGAAAGGUAAAGCUGCCAACGGAUCGAUGUUGGAUCUGAGGACUGAUUCAAAGAAAUCCCGUAAAUUCCCUUUUUAUUUGCGAAAAAGCAAAGCUACGAGCUGUGUUGACUUGAAUGCCGCGAUACCUGAAGGAGAAGAAUGGGAAAGCUCCCAUAGCAAGAAUACGGCGAACGGAAAAGUUCUUUCAAUGGACAAACUUCAUGAUACAAGUACGAAAGCCUCCGAGUACUAUCCGGAGAUUAUCGGCGAGCUCUCGCCGUCUCCGAGGAAGAGCCCGAAGAAGAAGAUAAGUCCAUUUAGGAAGAUACAUUUGAAGCGUAAGAGUAAAGCGGAUGAAGCUUAAAGAGUAACUUAUCUAAUGGCGUCAUUUGUACACAGUAGGGGACUUGCGCUGAGAGAUCACGUGACCUUUCUGGGUGGCAAAUUCAAAACAAAAUAAUCAAACAAAAAAAACAGAAACGACUGCGCCAGUCACACCAGAGAACGACGAAAAACUUAAAUCUUCAAAUGAAAACUUAUCCUUUUUGAAAAAAAAGGACUCUGUCAUUUUUCGUAAGCGCUGAAUAAGUUGCUUUUUGUUGCUGAUAUUUUGAUAUUUGCCGCCCAAACAGUCACGUGAUCCCUGAGCGCAAGUCUCCCAUUACGGGACUUUUUUGGUUUAGAUGGGUAGAAAUAGGUUUAGGACCAGAGACACAAUAAACAUUCAAUAAAAACCCUUUGCUGGUUUGAGCAACUAUUUAUAACCAUUAAAACAUGGCCAGGAGAAUGAAGAAUAAGCUAGGCAAGGUAAUAGAAAAAGCUUUUGAAAAAAAAAGCUCUUGCUAGUAGCAUUGACAUCGAACAUAGAUCAAGGUUUGAUCCUGGAGCUCCAUCGUUGAACCAAAAUGUGGUUUUCAUAUGCCGAAAACCACAGAUAAUUCAAAUGUUUAAUAAAAGAGAAAGCAGGUAAAAUAUUAGAGUAAGAUGAAACACCGAUCAAUUUACGCUAAGACAGAAAUUAGAGACAAACAAUUGCAUGUGUUAUGUUAUUUUAUAAUAAAUGAAUGAUUUUUAAUAGUCAAA